AUGGGUCAUCAACCAAGAAUCCUUAUCUGGAAUGUCAAGGAACGUGUACUGAUGCAUCAAUGUCGUGCUCACAAAUUUGGUGUCUUGUCCGUGGCAUUUUCUCCGAAUAUGCGUUACCUUGUAUCGGUUGGAUUUCAACAUGAUGGAUAUCUCUAUGUAUGGAAUUGGCGCAAGGGAAUCAAAUUAGCAAGCAAUAAAGUCACAAGUAAAGUCAACGCUUUAUCUUUUUCAAAUGAUAGUUCUUAUUUUAUCACUGCUGGUUUACGACAUGUCAAAUAUUGGUAUUUGGAUGCUCAUGGUCGUCUUCCGAAACGAGGAAAUCUAUCUUCAAGAGAAACUCAGGUUUUGGAUGGUCGUUCAGGUAUUCUUGGUGCUCUCCGGGAUUGCAAUUUCGUCGACGUGGCUUGUGAUCAAUCUGAAAACGUGUACUUUAUUACUGAUUCGGGUAUUCUAUGUAUCUUUAAAGAGAAUCGUGGGAUUGAUAAGUGGGUCAAUUUGCAGGUCUCAAAUGCUUACUCAAUCACUGUAUCGUCAGAUUAUAUCAUGUGUGCCUCAUCCCAUGGUAUCAUCAGACUCUUUGAACCUGUCACUUUGAAAUACUUUGGUGUGUUACCGAAACCUCAUCCUUUAGGAAUGGAUAUCAGUUCUAUCUCUUCGCCUGAUAUGUUGCCACAACAAACUGAUCAAGAUAUCUAUUAUCCAGAUGUUGUUGCUCUUACUUACAACGAAUCCAUCGCCAAACUUACCGCCAUUUAUUCCGAUCGAAGUUUAUAUAUAUGGGAUGUCAAAAACAUAAAGAAAAUUGGGAAAUAUCGAAGUUUUAUUGCGCACAGCGACUGUGUUUGGGGCACACGAUCCAAUGCAGAUUCACCAGCAUCUACAUCCAAUAUUCCACCCAACUCAUUUGCAACCUUCUCUGCUGACGGAACUGUGCGAUUUUGGAAUCUCGAUCAUACCCAACUAUCUCAUUCAUCUUCAUCUUCAUCACCUCUUACUUCACCUUCAUCUUAUUCGUCUCCAGAACCGCCUUCUAGUCUUUCUAUGACUUCUUCGCCAUCAUCCGAUACUGUGACUUCAAGUAUCAGUACAACAAGUCUAUCAUUUGUUCGAAAGAAUAUAUACUCCCGGGAAUUGGUCAGAAUGCUUUAUGUUGAUCCUGAUGCUGCUGAAUUUUCCAAAUUAAGAAGAGAUGUCGAUCUAGCUGAAGAUCAAUGCCCAGAUUUCGGUAUUCGCUCACUCAAAAUGGAUCAUAGUGGCAAGUGGAUGGCAACUGGCGAUCGAAAUGGAAAUCUUCGAGUACAUGAUAUGGAAACAUGGGAGCAAAUCACUUAUCAAGAAGCCCACGAUUCUGAAAUCUUGUCUAUCGAUAUUAGCAAUCCUGUCAAUGAAGGCUCUCCCUAUUUGAUUGCAACUGCAAGUCGUGAUCGAUUACUUCAUAUAUUUGAUAUCCGCAAAAACUUUCGCCUGGUGCAAAGUUUAGAUGACCACUCCUCCUCGAUUACAGCGGUACGCUUCACGAAAAAUGCAGAACGACUUGUUAGUUGUGGAGCAGACAAAGGCGUUAUCUUUCGACAAUAUACGACAAUACCAUCGACAAGUCCUGUGGGCGACCAUCUGAAUUCAACCUAUGUCAACUAUCAUAACCAUUCAGGUCGUAGUACUGUAUUCGAUAUGACUUUGGAUGUGACUAACUGUUUUGCAGCAACAGUGACAGGCGAACGACGACUCUUUGUAUUCAACGUGGAAACUGGAAAACCUUUUCGUGUAUACAAACCUGAAACACCUGAAGAGAUAGCGACCGGUGCCUGUGUUGAAAACUCUGGUGGAAGCUUGAUUAAUAUUGACUUGGACCCAUUAUCAGGCACUUAUGCUGUCACAAGUGGAUCGGAUCGAUGUUUACGGUUAUUUGAUUUGAUGUCUGGUGUUUGCAUUGAAAAGAUCUGCGCUCAUGCUGAAAUGAUUACGUGUGUCAAAUUUGUUCCUGGUCCCAAAAGCUCUCUCCGUGUGGUCAGUACUUGUUCUGAUGGUACUAUUUUUGUUUGGUCUGUGGGGAAAGAACUGAUCACCAAGAUGAAGACAAGAUCCAUAGAACAUGGCAACAAGUCUGUGCAUGAUGGCGUGUUAAGCAAGAACGCUGCAACUUGUCAACUACCACGAUCACGGCGAGUAUCUACGACUUCCAUGGUACGACCGACACCAACUCUAUCACAAAUGAUUCGACAAGGUGAACGGAAAACAUUCUCUACAGUUUCUCAAUCAGAACACAAGUAUGAUGAUCUAUAUAACAAGAAGAUCAAUCGAAAACAACAACGCGACCCAACUACUAACACCAGCAUUAUUAUUCCAACUGUCCAAUCCAAUGUUCAAAGUAAUACAUCACCGGAAUCAGCAUCACCAAGUCCUGUACCUCAGGGGAAACUAGAACGUCUUUACAAUGGUAUACCUACCACUGGAGCCAGAGAUCGUAGUAUCAAUAUGAUGAAUCAUCGCCUCCAUCCAACCUCUUUUGGCCCUAUGAUGGCACAACGAAUGAAUCCUGUACUUAGAAAGCAAUUAUCUCGCGAAGCUCUAUUGAAAAAGGACCAUCAUAAAUCUCGACUAAGAAGUAAUGAUGCAACCACAAAACGGUCAAACUCUGGUGAUACAAUGGAAGCAACACGACGACCAAAUGAUGACAACCUUAUAAAUACUGAAGUCUCGGAUAAAAAAUCAACAGACACAACGUUGAAUGACAAUGAAGCAGCAUGUCAGCACGAUGAUGACAUUGAUAACUACAAUGGUGGUGGUGAUGAUGGUGGUAAUGUGGACGAUGAAGAUGGUGAAGACGAUGAAGACGAGGACGAAGAAGAAGAGGAAGAAGAAGAAGACAUUAUCUUUAUCGAUGCACCUCAGGAUUUGGAUGAUAUUGGGAAACCUAUCGAAGUUUCAGCACAUGAUAUUGGAAGCGCCAGCAGUAGCAGCUCAAGCAGAGAUGAAACAACAGAUGAAUCGGCUCAACAAACAAACCAAACUGGCGAAGAUGAUGAAGAAGAAGAAUUAAUUUUGGAUGAAGAGGAAGACAGUGAAGAAAACACCGACGAAGCCAUGAUCAAGGCAAUCACUGCAAGGGAAGCGCCACGAAUGACAACCUCACUCAGUAGAACAACCUCAACAUCCAUAACAAGGAAAAAGAUGGAUGAUCAUCGACUUGCACUAGAAUAUCAGCAUCUGCAACAGAACAGUAACAAUUCUCACUCGUCAGUACCCUCUUCACCAACAUCAACUCUCGUAUCAGCGACACCUAUUGACUAUUUGGAUACAUCAUCACCAUCAAAGGAUACCGAUAACAAGGCCAGUAAAGACAUAUCAGCACUUACAAAACUACACAAAAAAUUGGAGAAAUCGAAAAAGCGUCAAAAUGAUUCGAUGGAAAAUAUCUUAUCUGAUUUAGAUGGAGCCAAGAUCUUAUUGGAUAGUGUAUUGGUAGCAUAUUCGACAAUGCUCAAGAACAAAACAACAUCAAGUCCUGUUGUACAAAUUGAAAAUAAACUUCGAACGAUGGUACAAAGUGUGAAUCAAGUAUUAGGUGAAAAACAAGAUCAACAACAAGAUCCUGCUACUUUAGCCAUGUUGGAUAAAUACUCUUCUCUUUUAGUGAAUAUGGUAGAAUCCAAAUUGCAAUCCUAG